AGUCGGUUUGCAAACCGCCAAAUACUUGACAGAAGAAGAGUCUAUUUCCAGUGACUGACUCGUGCCACACAUGAAGUCAGAUGGUUCAAGUUAUGUCGAAAGCGAAACAAAAACGAGCGAAACGUCUGGGCUUCACUGGGAAAAUUAAGGCUAUAGAUGGCCGAAUGAGUGACGCUACAGGGAGGACAAAGCAUCCUGUCAAGGACCACAGAAAACCAGAAGAAAUCAGAACGCAAAGGCUUCAGGAUCUUCAAGAAAAGCAGAAGCUUUCCAGGGAACGUGAGCUGGUGAAGAGGAGGAAUUUACAAAGCUUUCAGAAUGACAUCCUACAGAGGCAGAGAGCGUUUGAGCAGAGGGAAGAAGAGAUGCAGAGUUUAGAGAAACAUUUUAAUUUUGAAAAUGAGAAUUCAAGAAAGGCAUAUUACAGAGAAUUCAGAAAGGUAGUGGAGGCCUCAGAUGUGAUUUUGGAAGUUUUGGAUGCACGUGACCCUCUUGGCUGCAGAUGUCCUCAGGUGGAGCAGGCAGUCAUUCAAAGUGGAACAAACAAGAAGAUAGUUUUGGUCCUUAAUAAAAUUGAUCUUGUAUCUAAGGAAAUUGUGGAAAAGUGGAUUCGGUAUCUUCGUAAUGAAUUUCCUACUGUGGCUUUUAAGGCAUCUACUCAGCAACAGAGCAAGAACUUGAAACGCAGUAAUGUACCAGUGACACAAGCCACCACAGAACUUCUUAGUAGCAGUGCUUGUAUCGGUGCAGACUGCCUGAUGAAGUUGCUCGGAAACUAUUGCCGCAACCUGGAUAUAAAGACGGCCAUCACCGUAGGUGUUGUAGGUUUUCCAAAUGUAGGAAAGAGCAGUUUGAUUAACAGUCUGAAGCGAGCACGGGCAUGCAGUGUUGGAGCCACACCUGGUGUCACAAAGUGCCUUCAAGAGGUUCAUUUGGACAAACACAUUAAGCUUCUGGAUUGUCCUGGCAUUGUAAUGGCAAAUUCAUCAACAGACGCAGCAAUGAUUCUUCGUAACUGUAUAAAAAUUGAACAGCUUGUAGAUCCCCUUCCACCUGUGGAAGCCAUUCUCCGACGCUGCAGCAAGGCACAGAUCAUGGAGCACUACAAAGUUCCAGACUUUCAUUCAGCUCUGGAGUUCUUAGCAUUGCUGGCUCGACGUCAGGGUAAACUGCGGAAGGGAGGACUGCCUGAUACUGACAAAGCAGCAAAGAGUGUAUUAAUGGACUGGACAGGGGGAAGGAUUAGCUACUUCACACACCCCCCAGAGACUCACAGUCUCCCCACACACAUCAGCGCUGAGAUUGUUUCAGAGAUGGGAAAAGCUUUUGACUGGGAUGAACUUGAAAAGGGAAAUCAGGAGGUUAUUGCAGAUUCAUCCUGUCCUGAUGUCCAAAUGGGAUUCUGCAUGGAAACGUCUGGGAUGACACAGGGGGGCCAGAGCGAGCCGUGUUCUGACGUGCAACUGGAGGGGAGCUCCCAGGCAGAGCCACAAUUUGAAGAUGGAACUGAAUCUAUGGAAGACGACCAGAACUCGGAGUUUGGACCAAUGAUUGUGGAGAUAAAAUCUCAGAAGUCAAAGACGGACUCGUGUGGAAUUGAUGCUCCACCCAGGUAUCCGGAUUUGAAGGAUAUCAUGAAGGUCGACCCUCUCCAGCAAGGCCAAGCCCUCCUGGCUGCAAACAAGAAGAGGAAAAAGAAACAAAAAAGAGCUGACAAAAUUGCUACCAACCUCUCGGACACCUUGACAUCUGCAAUGAACUUUUCAUUUUCAGAUAAUUAAAACCUUAAAAGAUGAUA